AUGAGUAGCAUCGGAUAUGACCCCUACUACUCCACCUCGUCAUACAGACGCUGGUAUGUUGAGGCUCCCCCUCGGGUGGUGGUGACCAGAGGGAGGACCCACUCCGCCUACUCUUCCCACGCAUCCCCGCUGUCCUCCUCCCGGCUGCAGUACUCCUCUCCUGGCCGGGUGCUGUUCUCCUCUCCAUCACCAGCCUCUUCCCUGGAGCUGGAACUCAGCCAGGCGGCCCAGAUCAGCUCUGAAUUUCGAGCCGUACGCACACAGGAGCGCAGCCAGCUGCAGGAUCUCAACGACCGCUUUGCCGGCUUCAUUGAGAGAGUGCGUGAGCUGGAGCAGCAGAAUCGUGCUCUGGAAUCAGAACUGCUGCUGCUGAGGCAAAGGCACACCGAGCCGUCCCGUCUGAGAGCGCUGUACGAGCAAGAGGCCCGGUCCCUGAGGGCAGCUGUGGAUGAAGCCAGGGCAGAGCAGCAGGCUUUCCUGGGCCAGAAGGAGCGACUGGAGCAAACCCUCAAUGCCUUGCAGGGUCGAUACGAAGAGGAAGUGCUGGGUCGGGAGGAGGCUGAGGGCAGGCUGAUGGAGGCCCGUCGUGAGGGAGACGAGGCUGCUUUAGCAAAGGCUGAGCUGGAGAAAAACGUUGAAACUCUGCUGGAGGAGCUGGCCUUCCUCAAGAGGAUUCAUGAAAGCGAAGUGGCCGAGCUUCAGGCCCAAGUCCAGCUGGGUGUCCAGGUGGCUGUAGAGUCUGAGGCUGCCACCCCGGACCUCUCUGGGGCUCUCAGGGAUAUCCGGUCCCAGUACGAGAGGCUGGCGGCGAGGAACAUGCAGGCGGCCGAGGAGUGGUUCAGAGGCAAGGUGGGCUCCCUAACCGAAACCGUGGCCCAGCACAGCGACGCCGUGAGGAGCUCCAAGGACGAGGCAGGAGAGUAUCGACGCCAGCUACAGGCCCGCCUGCUGGAGAUCGAAGCAUGCAGAGGCCUCAAUGAAUCCCUGGAGAAACAGCUGCACGAGAUGGAGGACAAGCAGAGCGCCGAGAUAGCUGCUAUGCAGGACACCAUCGCUGAGUUGGAGAACGAGCUGAGGGGCACUAAACAGGAAAUGGCACGCUACCUGAAGGAGUACCAGGACCUGCUGAAUGUCAAGAUGGCUCUGGACAUCGAGAUCGCUGCAUACAGGAAGCUCUUGGAAGGGGAGGAGUCUCGCUUCAGCGUCGGCGUGGCUGGGGGCGUGUCCUCCUUGUACGGCCACAGUUUGUCGGCGCCCUCCUACGCCCGGCCCGUCCUCUCCAGCCUCAGCUCCGGCACCUCCUACCUGAUGACGUCGCGCCUGCUCAGCUCCAGCGUCAGCACCACCGAGGGCAUCAUCUCCGCCAGCCAUGCCCAGCAGGCAGAGGCCAGCCCGCCUGGGGAGGAGGAGGAAGAGGAGGAGGAGAAGGAGGCAGAGGAGGAGGUAGAGGAGGAAGAGGCGGAGAAGGAAGAAGAGGGAGGCGAAGAGGCGGGAGAAGAGGAGGAGGAGAAAAAGGAGGAGGAAGAGGAGGGAGAGGAUAAGCAGGAGGAGGAAGAGGGAGGAGAGGAGGAGGCAGAGAAGGAAGAUGAAGAGGAGGCCAAGGAAGCAGAGGAGGAGGCAAAGGAGGGAGAAGAGGGUGGCGAUGAGGAGGAGGAGCAAAAAGAGGAGGUAGCGGAGGCCGCUGAAGAAGAGGGAGAGAAGGACGACAAAGGUGAAGGAGAGGAGAGUGAAGCCAAAGAAGAAGCACAAGAGGAGGAGAAGACCGAAGGAGCAGACGACAAAGAGGAGGAGGCAAAAGAGGAAGAAAAAGAUGAGAAGGAAGAGCCUAAAAAGAGUGAAGAGAAAGAAGACAAAGCCGACGCCAAGAAAGAAGACAAAGCCGACGACAAAGAGGCCAAGGCCGCCCCGAAGAAAGACGACAAAGCUGACGCAAAAAAGGAGAAGGAGGAAGAAAAGGCAGCCAAACCCGAACCAGCCGAAGAGAAAAGCACAAAGGGUAAAAAGUAAGCCGUUAGCCUUAGCAACACUUCAGCCAAGACUGUCCACAGCUCGAUAACCAGUAGAGACAUCAGCGCUGUCCUCUCAAAUCUGCUUGUUAACAUGGUGCUCAAUGAAACAGUCCAAUAGCCAUUCACAGCAACAAAUCAAGGUUAACUGCUUGCCAAUAUCCAGAAUAAUCCAUAAAGGUUUGGCUGCACACUUCCUGAUGAGUGUCAAAUGUGUAAUUGCUGAAUGCUACCGUGCGUGUGUGAGUUUUUGGUGGUUAAAUAAAUGAUUGUCAAAGCCA